AUGUCUCCAGCCAUUUUUGUUCUUUGUUUGGAGAAGCUCAACCAGAUGAUUACUUUCAAGGUCGAGUCAGGUGAUUGGAAAGGUAUUCAACUGGAUCCCAUGGGACCAACCCUGUCACACCUUUGCUUUGCGGACAACAUGGUCUUGUUUACGGAAGCAACUACAGCGCAGGUUGCGAUUAUCCAGGAUUGCCUGGACAGGUUUUGUGAGGCGUUGGGGCAGCGAAUUAGCUAUAGCAAGUCGCACGUGUUCUUCUCAAAAAAUACCCCCCCGGGCCUUGCGGAUGACAUUGCUAACCAGCUUAGCAUUGCGAGAACGGGAGAUAUGGGUAAGUACCUCGGUGUACUAUCAAUACAUGGACGUGUCACCCGUGGAACUUUUAAGGAUCUCUUAGACAGAGUCAAUGGUCGCUUGGAGGGAUGGAAGGCUAAGUUGUUGUCUUUGGCGGGCCGGGUUACACUGGCAAGAUCAGUCCUUAAUGCCAUACCGAUUUAUACAAUGCAGACUGUCGUCUUGCCGAAGGGUAUAUGUCAUGAGAUCGAAAAGCGGACUAGACGGUUCAUAUGGGAAACUGAUGGACAGGGUACCAAUAAGCUCAGUCUCGUCAAUUGGGAGACGGUUACUAGUCCUAAGAAAUAUGGGGGACUAGGUGUGCGUAGACUCCAAGAGGUGAACAAGGCAUGCAUGGCCAAGCUUGGAUGGCGCUUAAAACAGGAAGAGGGCAGUUUAUGGGCACAAACGAUGUUAAGCAAAUAUGCUCAGGUUGAUCAUGGAAAUCAAAGUAGAGCUUCUAACGCUUGGAAAGGUAUUGUCGCAGCCACUCCCAUAGUCGACCAAGGGUUGAUGAAGUUGGUUCGAAACGGAAAAAACACGUAG